UAAAUGGAAUUUGAAAAGUUGGCAAAACUGCAUCCAUCCUUCCUCCUUCCAGUUCCUGCAUCCAUUGUCCAUUUGUUAUAAUAAAAAAAAGAAACUUUCAACAAAGAGUAUAAUAGUUAACAAGCUUGCCUUUUUUGUUUGUUUAGCUUUGUUUCCAACAAAUAAAUAAAAUGAGUAAGGAAAAGAAACCACCUCCAAAGAUGUCGAACGAAAAUCUAGAAAGUGCAUUUAAAGAUAUGAAAUUGCCCCCAAAAAGCGAUAUUAAUAUCCUGCUAUUGGGUGGAACCGGAGUAGGAAAAUCAACUCUGAUUAAUGCAUUUGCGAAUUAUCUUACCUACAGUGAAAUGAAAAAAGCAAAAAAAGAUAAUUUAUUGGUACUGAUUCCAACUGAAUUUGGAAUUCAAGAUAAAUACAAUGAAAAUCACAUCGUUAAUACAGGCCAAUCUGAUAAGAAUGAAUUUCUUCAAGUCGGCGAUUCCGCCACACAAGAUGUAAAAACUUAUGUUUUUCCUAUUUGGGAUGGUAAAAUUAAAAUUCGUCUUAUCGAUACUCCCGGAAUGGGUGACACUAGAGGACCCAAACAAGAUGAUAUCAACUCUGAAAACAUUUUGAGCUACAUUGGAAAUUUGCAUGAACUCCACGCCAUUUGUUUCCUGCUAAAACCCAAUGAAUCCCGCGACACAGUUUUCUUCAAAUAUUGUAUGAACCAGAUCUUAUCGAGAUUGGACAAAUCUGCUACGGAUAAUAUCAUUUUCUGUUUUACCAACACUAGGGGCUCGGAUUACAAUCCGGGUGAAACGGAACGUAUUUUGAAAAAGAUGAUUGAUGAUAUUGGAAGCAAACCUCCGUUUGCUAAAAUUCCACUCAAUAAAAAUAUUUUCUGUUUUGAUAAUGAGUCCUUUAAAUAUCUGGCUGCUGUUAAGGCUGGAAUUGAGUUUGAUCCUGAAAUAAAGGAGAGAAAUAAAGAAAGCUGGGACAAAUCUGCUAGCCAAUGUUGGAAGUUGAUUCACUACAUCACUGGUGAUAAGGAUAACCGUCCCUUAAAGCCUCAUCAUGUGAAGAGCACAAAUGCUAUAAACGAGGCAAGAAGAAUCAUUAAUCAACUUGCUCAACCUUUAACAGAAAUAACACAACUAAUUCACCAUAACAUGAGUGCUUUGGAAAGACAUAGAGAAAAUCUGAGAUUAGAUAGAGGUUCUGUUGAAGAAAUGCAAAAAAACCUGUAUAUACCGGUUAUAACAUUGGAAACCAUACAAAUGCCACAGCCCGCCACAGUGUGCACUACCAUGAAAUGUUGCGAAGUGUAUAAAGUUGCCGGAAAAAAUAUUAUAGAAUACAAGCAAAGAUGUCACGAUCCUUGCUAUUUGAAUAAUGUACCUAAAGAAAUUAUUGGAUCACCAGAAUUGAUGAAUUGUGCAGCAAUGAGUGGUUCAACAACGUGUACUAAGUGCAGCUGUGAUUUCAGAGUUCACAUGCACAUAUACUAUAGAACGAAAACUAAGGAAAUCCAAGAAAAAGAUGAAAACAUGGCUAAAAAAAUUACUAACAGACAAGAGUUGAUGAAGCACAAUCAACAAUUGAUGCACCUCAUGGAAACCAAAAAGAAUGAAUUAGACGAAGAGCAACAAGUUAUUCUGAGAACUUGUGCCAAAUUUGCCCAUUUUUUACAAAACAAUGCUAUUACCCCCUUUAAUGAUGCCUAUAAGGAUUAUAUUGAGUAUUUGGUUAACAGGGAAAGAUCAAUGGGACCUCUUUGCGAUGCUGAUACAGUUGUUCAUCUUCAACACCUUAUGUUACAAUAUGUUGAAUUAAAAUCACAAUUCGACGAAGCUCUUCGCUUAAAUCAAGCUCUAGGCCGCGGUGAUGCCAUCACUCCAAAAGAAGUAAGCGACAGCGUUCAAGAAUUGUACAAAUUGAAACAUAAUGGAAAAAAAAUAAAAGAAUUGUACGAAUGUCAGAAAAAAUCCAGAAACACAGAGUAUCAAAAUACUGAGUAUCUUCAUACAAUGCCAAUUAAAAAAGUAAAGAAGGCAAAAAAGGAUAAAGAGAGAAAGGACAAAAAGGAUAAAGACAAUAAUGAGAAGAAAGAUAAAGACAAAAAGGAGAAGAAGGAUAAAGAUAAGAGUGAGGAUAAGGACAAAAAAGGAGAUAAAAAUCAAAGCAAAGGAAAGCGAGAUACACAAAAUGCAAGGUCUAAUACUCCACCUCCCAGUUAUCAUGAAGCCCAUCGAGCUCACAAUUCUCAAAACAGAGGUCCACAGUAUCCACCAGGAUAUAAUCAACCUCAUAAUUAUCCCUAUGGAGGUCCGCAACAUUACCAAGGACAACCAACCUACCCUUAUCCGCCAGUGGGGCCACAGUAUUCUCAAGGAAAUGUUCCUUAUUCUCCAAAUGCUUAUGGACAACCAGGACAUCCUCCAAGUUAUGACAAUAAAAUUCCAGAUUUGCGUGACCUGGACAUCAACAUAACUGUCAAAAAACCCUCUGAAUCGACUUCAAAACAACAACAACCACAACAACAACAGCAUCCAUAUACACCAAAUGCAGCUUACCCUAAUUAUCCACCACAUCCCAAUUUUCCACAAUAUCCUCCCAAUUUCUAUCCACCCCCUGGCGGAGCACAUGGCCCACAACCAAAUCCUCAGGGUUAUCCUAACCCUCAGAAUCCGUAUGAUUAUCACCAUGGCGUCAAUAGACAAAAUUCUGGAGGAGGAGGCGGUAAUCAAAGAGGGAAUUCUAAUUACAGAGGCAACAAUCAAAGUAGAGGCGCUGCAAAAGCUAACACCAGAGGAAGAGGUGGUAUCCAAAAGACUCGAAACAAGAACGAGAAAAAAGAAGACAAGAAAAAUAAGAGCUCAAAGAAGAAGUCCAAUGAUUCUGAUUCUUCUGACAGCUCUUCAUCUUCUUCGUCAUCUUCUUAAAUAAUUUCUUUCUUCUGCUUAAUAUUUGCAAAGAAUAACAUUACAUAGUUUGGGAAACAUCGACAAUACAGUAAGAACCAUAAUAUAUUGUUUUUUUAUAUUGGUUUUCAUUCAUGUCAACGUUUUAAUUAUUUACUAUUUUAAGAUGGUUGUUUAUGAAAGUUUGAAAUUUAUGAAAAAUCACUGAAUAAUAUUACAGUAUAGAUGGUAGGUCUACUGAUUCAAAGUUGUUGUUUUUAAAAAUGUUUAUCUAGGUAUAAUCUUUUAAUUCCCAAAUUUUAUAGAACAUAUUUCUUAAACAAAUAUUUUAAGUAGUUACUUGAGAAAUAUUAUUCAUCAUUAUUUUAAGGUUGCUUUUUAUUAAGAGUGUCUGAGAUCAUAAUGAUCUUCAGUGUAUUAGGUUUGUUUGUGUAUUAAUUACUUUCUGAUAUUCAGGAUUAAGCGUGUUCGGACUGAGUCGGAGACAGUUUGAUGUCUAUUCUACAGAUUUCCAGAUAUUUUCCAAAACGUUAUAUCCUUGAUACAGAAUGUCACGUAUCUGCAGCACCAUUUUAGUGAUGGUUUCCAAGCUGUUCAAAACGUGAUUGUGCACAAAUGACCGUUUUUAAAUGGUUUGCUGACUAUUGCAAGCAUAGAAGCAUACCUAUUGUUAAAAAAAAUAAACACUCUUUUGGGCAGAUUGUUGGGUAAACAUUAAUCAUUAUAUUUAUAUCCCGCACUUUUUUUAAUUGUUAUUGGUUGGGUUUAUCUGUAAAGAAGUGCUUCAAAGCCAUUGAUUUUAUAGCCUUUUCGAUUCCACUGCUCGUCUUGCACAGUUUCGUUUUCGAUCCUAAGUUGACGGGGAAAUAUAUCUGGCUCGGGAAACUAUUAGUACCAGCUCGGUCCAACUGUCUAGCUUAAAUUAUUAACAUUUGUAAAGAGAAAUACAAAAUAUCUACAAUUUUUAAAACUUUUAAUGGAAAUAAAUUAAUCCUAAAAAUAACAGCUAAGGUAUAAAAUGCAACGGUGAAUAAUUUUGAGAGAGCAUUUGUUAAAAUAUGUGAAUCAUUUUUUUUGUGUCUUUGGCUUCAACAACUAAAGUCAUUAGCCUCGUGUUCUAUGUAGGUUAUGGAUUGUACUAGUAGUCUAAUACUCCAUAGUGCAGGAGUAUUACUACUCUAAUACUCCUACACCCCUACAGACAGGCCUUGUUUCUGAAAUCAAUUUUUAAUUCGAUAUAAAUCUAAAAUAACAGAAUAAACAUUAAACUGUUAUGUCCUGCAUUAUUUCAAUUGAGAACAUUCUUUUCGUUUUGUUUUACACCCUUUCAUUAAUUUUUUUAUGUUGUCCUCCUUUAAUUACCCAAAUAGUCUUUUAAAAUAACAAAUUUUGACAUCAAUAUUAAAAUCUCUAAGUAGCUAUCAUGGUCAAUAUCUUUAUUGCCUAAUGAAUAAGAAGCCUCUUUAAAAAUACCUCUAUGUGAAACAAUCUUAUUGCAUUAAUAAUUCUAUCGUGUGUGGGCAAAGGAGUAUAAGUCAAAAUUUUGGGUAAAUUAGUUUCAGUCAUCUAUACUUAGUGAAAAACGUGGGAUAAGUCAAUACUUUCUAUUAGGGUCGCUAUUGAACUUGGACUUUAUAAUAUAAAUUAUAAAAAAACAGUUUUUUGUUGGGAAAAUCAGUAUAAGUCGACUUAUAAGACAUAACAUCAGGGGCGCAUAUACGGGGGGAAGGUAUUAUCCUUCCCCUCAAGAAUUUUAAACCUAACUUUUUAAUAGGUACUAAAAUGAAUUAUUAUCAAAAAUAAAGUCUCAAAUAUUACCACUACCCCUCAGACUUAAACUUUAUUACCACUACCCCCUCUAGACUUAUACUCUGGAUGCGUCACUGGUCAACAUCAACAUAAUAAUUUAUUUUCGGGCCGGUCAACAUUCAGAAUGUAUUAUAUUAAGGUGGGGAGAGAGCCGAAUGCAAAUUUUGACGUAAUUUCAGUGCAACUGGCUCCGUGCAAGAGCACAAGCAACAGAAUCUAAAACGCUAUUAGACAUUUCCUCCGUUUACAAACUUUUCUCCCUUGUUAGGUCGAUUGAAAGGUUUGUGGAGGAAAAUGUGGUAUUUUUCGCUUGUAAUACACAAUUUAUUUUAGAACGUUUGGUAAGGAACUUGUCAGAAAAAAAUUUGUAUUUACGGUAAAUGACGAUUAUUUGCCUGCGCUACUAAAAUAUGAGGUGUACAAGGAGCUAUGGAUUACUGUGUCUAUCUUGUUUCGUCUGCAUUUAAACAAUAGUUUUCAACGCAGGCAGCUGGAGGUCACAUAAUUUUUAAAAAUGUAAACCCAUAGGUAAACCGUUGAAUUGACAUUUGACGGAAUCACCGAUAAGCUAGAUAUAGUUCUUCCUUAACGUCUUCCGUUGAUCAUGGUGUUGGGCGACAUUUAGCCGCUCAGCUAGUGACUUUACUGUGAAUAUGGCAAGUGAUAACGGUUGACAAUCACUUAAUAAACACAAGUAUGUAAGUAAAUCGUUGAAUUUAUAUUUAACAGAAUCGUCGUCAUCAUCAUUGGUCAACCAGUAUUGUCCACUACUGGACAUGGUCUCCAUUAACAUUAUCCAUUGUUUAUGGUGUUUGGUGACUUGUAACUGUUUAAGUAGUCCAUCCAUCUAGUGCCUUAUCUAUUAAUAUGCCAAAUAACAAUGUCACUUAAACACAAAUGUUUAGUGUUGAUAACAAGACUGUAUACCAAAUACUAGCAUGAAGGGAUAUCGUGUUCUAUUAUACACAAAGACUUCCUCUUAGAAAUUGUAGCACUAAAAUACAAGAAAGGUAACUAAUUUCAGUAAUGAUUAUAAAAGUGUGUAACAUUUUAUUCUCGGGGGUGUCAAAAGUUCUCAAACUCUUUGUUUUUAUUGAUAAUUAAUUUUUUUUUUACCAAUUUUCAUCUUCCAUCACUAUUCUAGUUUUAUUUGAUGUUUCUUUUUUUAAAUCUUAGUAGCGAUUGCUAAGAUAAUUAAAUUGUAAAACCAAAAUUGUUUGAAGUUAAAAAACCCCCGAAAAAACGGAUAUGCGGUAUAAGUUUGUUUAAAAUAUAUAAUUCGUAAGUUUUCAUAUAUUGUAUUUUUUAUUGGAAAAGCAAUUUUUUUAAUAAACCACAAAUAAAUAUGUAAAAUAUUUUCUUCUGCGUGUGGACACGUUUUAAUUAAUAGAAUACCUUGCUUCUACGUGACAUAAUAAAUACACCUUAAGGUGGUAUUAUUCAUGCAUAAUAUUUUUUUAAACGGUGGUUUAAUUAAGGAAAUUGUUUAACUCAUAUAACAUUAUAAAAUUAUAUUGUUUUUAUCUUAAUAAAUAAAUGAAAUUGUAAAUU